CCUCUGUAAACAAAAUCAAUACAAAUGUUUUAAUAAAUUUUGCAAAAAAAAAUAUAUAUAUAUAUAUAAAAAAACAUAAUUUGUGUUAACAAUGGAAAUAUCGGAGGUUUUUAAUAAACAUACCAUUUGCCGAAUUUGUUUACAAAAAGAGACUGAUUUAUAUCCCAUAUUUGACAAAGUAAAGCCUGAAACGGGGGGCAAAAAAAAUACUGUAGCUGAAAUUCUUACCGAAUGCACUAAAUAUCCGGUGGAUCGGGAUGAUAAGCUGCCCACUAAUAUCUGUACGGCAUGUUUAGAAUUGGCCCGUAGUGCUUAUAGUUUCAAGCGACAGACAGAGGAGGCAUAUUGCCGUCUUAAGGUUUUGUAUGAUAUAACCUGGAAGGACCAGAAAAAGGAUGGGGACAAGGGAACGCCCACCUCUAACAACCGCCGUGUGGCAGAUAGGUAUACACAAACGGAGAAAACUUCGGUAUUCCAGUGUGAGUCUUGCCCUAAAAAAUUUUUCGUUGUUGGUGAACUACGCCAACAUCGAGUCACCGCCCAUAACUAUGAGGGCAAGAAGUGUAGAGUGUGCGGUGAGAAAUUCAAUUAUCUUGGUCAACUGAAGGUUCAUUUGUCCACCGAACAUCCCAGCGAAGGUAUACGAUGCGAUUACAGAUGCCAUGUCUGUAUGAGAGAAUUUGCCCGUAAGGAUCAUCUAAAGCGGCAUUUGACAAAAGUUCAUAAAAUUAAAGAGAGUUCAUUGAAAAUUUCCAAGGUAUCACUUGAUGAACCCGAAAUACAAAUCGAGAAUCGUACCAGCCACUCAUCAUCAACUGCUCUCAACAAUUACAGCAGUCAUUGGCCGGACUAUGAAGAUGACGAUGAUGAGCCGGAUAAUGCUGACACAACUACACAAAGUGAAAAAGCCGCUGUUGUAACAAACCCAAUCUCCAGUGACGAAGAGGUUGCCGCAAAACAUGAUGAUGAUAAGGAUAUGGAAGAUGAAGAAGAUGUUAAACAUUUUGUUGACAAUUUGUCGCCGUCUGAUGUGUCCAUAAAAGUUGAGAAACCGGACUAUAUUGACCUCAGUCUAUUCGAUAAGAAUACCAAGCCACAAGAAGGUGUUGCAUUGGAUGAAUGCAAACCCAUAAUAGAUAUUCUAAAGCCGGAAAAGCCAGAAAUUUUUGUACAAAAACUAGAACCAAUUGUAGAUACAGACACAGACGACGAUGAUAAUUUGCAUGAUGUAUUGGCUAAUGCAUAUAACAGUGAAGAACAGACCAGUGAUGACGAUGAGGAUUAUAGCGAUAAAGAUGACGAUGAGGAUGAUGAUGAAGGGGAGCGGGACGAAGCAGAAGAUAAAGAGGUUAAUGAAAAUGAGGAAGAUGACGAUGACGAUAAGCCACUUAAAAUGAGAAAGCAACGCAAAACCCAAAAAGACAAACCCACAUGUUCCUCAACUGGUGAAAAGCAACGAAAACCUCGGCGUCGCUAUGGUGCCUCCAAGCAAGAAGAAAAUCGUUGCCAACAAUGUGAUCGAACAUUUUCGCGCUAUAAUCAUUUGCUGCGUCACAUGUUGACUCACAGUGAUGAGAAGCCUCAUACCUGCAAAUUCUGCAGCAAAGGUUUUUCACGUUCCGAUCAUCUGCAGAAACACAUACAAAGCAUACAUGCGGAAAAGAACUUUAAGUGUGACCAGUGUGAUUCAGCCUAUGGACGAAAAGACCAUCUGCUGCGGCAUAUAGAAACGCGCCAUAAUAAAAAUCCUGCAGCUCCAAAACCUCAAUUCGCCUGCGACAUGUGCGAAAAGAAAUUCACCACCAAAACCUAUUUGGUAAGGCACAAAUUGUUGCAUACCGAUCGCUUAUAUGCCUGCAAGCAUUGUCCAGCCACCUUUCCCGAAAAGGAGCAAAUGAAAGAGCAUUCAAAGAAGGAGCAUUCGCAGCCUCGAAACUUUCUAUGUAGCAUAUGCGGGGAUUCUUUUCAGCGCAAUGAAUACCUUAAAAUACAUAUGCGUAGGCACACAGGCGAAAAGCCUUACAAAUGUCGUUUCUGCGAGAAAGGUUUUCCACGCAGCACUGAUUUGAAAAUGCAUGAAAGAUACCACAUUGGUCUCAAGCCCAAUCUUUGUAACCUAUGCGGCAAAGGUUUUCAUCGUCCCUACAAUCUUACCAUACACAUGCGCACCCACACUGGUGAGAAGCCCUACAAAUGCCCACAAUGUCCUCAAGCAUUUGCCCAGAGCAAUGAUUUGAAGGCACAUAUUAGACGUCACACCGGCGAACGUUUUCGUUGUGAUCAAUGCAGUGCUGCUUUCUUGCAGCGUUAUGGUCUCAACGCUCAUUUGAGAUCUGUACAUGGUGUGGUGGUUACCUCAUUUACAGGGCGUUUACGCAAAGCGGAUCAACCCGGCGGCGUUGGUGAUGGCAAUGAAGAGAUGCCCCCAACUUCCGAGGAACUUAUGGGUGAGGAGGCACCUGCCGAAGCAUCGCAGUCAUUAACAUCCAUGCAACAUAAUACUGAAAAUUCAACCACACCUCCCUUGUAUUUGGGUCAACAUUUAUUGAAUCCCAUGGCCGUGGUGUCUACGGUACAAACCCCCUCCAUAGAUCCAGCUCUAUUGCCACCGCCACAUCCAACGCCCACACAUUUGUAAUAUAGAUAGAUAUGCAAGUAUUUAAUGUUUAUGUUUUGUUUGAUACUUAGGCUUAGUUGUAUUUUUUCUAAUUUAUGCAAACAUAAAUUUUAAUCAAUAAAAUGUAAAUUACAAAAUUUUACAUACCCCCAAAAAGCAUUGGA